AUGGCCUCCCAAUUCCCUACCAAGAAGUGCGGUGUCCUCGGUGCCACUGGCUCUGUAGGCCAGCGCUUCAUCCUCCUCCUUGCUCAGCAUCCAUACCUCACCCUCCACGCCAUCGGCGCCUCAUCUCGUUCCGCCGGCAAGAAAUACAAGGAUGCCGUACGAUGGAAGCAGGCUGCACCCAUGGGCGAUAUUGCCGAGAUGGUUGUGAGAGAAUGCAAGGCCGAGGAGUUCAAGGACUGUGAUGUUGUCUUUAGUGGUCUUGACUCUGACGUCGCUGGCGAUAUCGAGCUCGAGUUUAUCAAGGCCGAUAUUCCUGUCUUCUCCAACGCAAAGAACUACCGUCGCGAUCCUCUUGUGCCUCUCGUCGUUCCCACCGUCAACCUCCCCCAUCUCGACCUCAUCCCUCAUCAGCGCUCUGUUCGCUCUCUUAACAAGGGCUUCCUCGUGUGCAACUCCAACUGCGCCGUCAUUGGUCUCGUCAUUCCCUUCGCCGCUCUCCAGGCCGCUUUCGGACCCAUCUCUACCGUCUCCAUCGUUACUCUGCAGGCCGUUUCUGGCGCUGGUUACCCUGGAGUCUCCAGCAUGGACAUUAUCGAUAACAUUGUCCCUUUCAUCUCUGGCGAGGAGGAUAAGCUCGAGACUGAAGCCCGCAAGAUUCUUGGUCGCCUUGAUGAAAAGGGUACUGCUUUCAUUGAGCAAGAGGGUCUUCGUGUCUCCGCCACUUGUAACCGAGUUCCAGUCAUGGACGGCCACACUGCAUGUGUUAGUUUGAGUUUCGAGCGCAAGCCUGCUCCUUCAGCUGAGGAGGUUCGCAAGGCUCUUCGGGAUUACAAGAGUGAGGCCCAGGCUCUCGGAUGCCCUUCUGCACCUGAGCCCGCUAUCAAGGUCUUUGGUGACGAUGAGCCUGACCGUCCUCAGCCCCGUCUGGACCGCGACCUUGGCCGUGGAUACACUGUCAGCGUGGGACGUGUUCGCGAGGAUGAGGCUGGCAUUUUUGACAUUAAGUUUACAGCCCUGAGCCACAACACCGUUAUUGGUGCCGCUGGUUCAUCGAUAUUGAAUGCAGAGGCCGCCAUUCUCAAGGGUUACAUCUAA